AAGUAUUUAUUUUCUUUCUAAACAAAAUGGCGGCAGAAAUAAAGGUAGAAAUACAAGCUGAUGCUUUCAUGGUUUGCCUCACUCAUGCAUUAUCCACUGACCGUGAGGAAGUAAUGGGUCUUCUUAUAGGCGAGGUUGAUGAAGUGAAUGCAGUGUGUCACAUAUUUACAGUCUUUAUGCUACGUCGAUCAGACAAGAGAAAAGAUCGUGUUGAAAUAUCACCAGAGCAAUUAUCAAAUGCUUCAAAUCAGGCUGAAAAAUUGGGUAAAUUAACUAAAAGGAAACGACCGAUGAGGAUUCUGGGAUGGUAUCAUUCACAUCCACACAUAACUGUCUGGCCAUCCCAUGUUGACGUACAGACACAGGCCAUGUACCAGAUGAUGGAUCCAGGAUUUGUUGGAUUGAUUUUCUCAUGUUUCAACGAUGAUAGUGCCACCUCGACUGGGCAACUGGUUAUGACGUGUUUUCAAUCGAAACCCGGCAUUAAUCCCAAUGAACUUGAAAGAGUUGAAGUGCCGGUGGAGAUUACACCGAGCGAAUGCAUCAGUGACGCUUGUCUUGUGGCACUGGAACAACUGCCGGACAUUUUGGGACAGGAAGAAGAAGAAGUGUAUCAAAAGGCGGUCAGUAAUUUAAUGGAAAAGAACGAUCUUCUGACGACAGUUCACAACGGAGCAGUUUUUACAAAAUCACUUUGUCAUGUCAUCGAAGUCAUGUGUGGACCUCUAAUGCAGGCAUUUGAAAACAGAGUGAAAAGAAACGAAAGAAAAACAAAAGAAUUAAUCAGAGAAAAAGAGGAAUUACAACGACGACUUGAAGCAAUAAAGAAUGCAUGAAAACCUUUAAAUUCGUGGCUAAGCAAUUUAUUGGAUAAAAUUCAGCAUCCCACAAAUGCAAACGCUGUCCAGUAUCUAUACAAAUACUGUAACAAGACAGACAUAACUCCUCUCCUGAUAAUUUUGCCAUACUAUCUUCCUGUUCCUAGUUCGCGAAAGCUUGCACACCUAUUUCAACUCUUAAAUCUGAUCUCAAUGAAAACACUUCGUCAAUUGCACUGUCAUUUAUAUUAAUGUAAACCCAACGAAUUAUUCCGAAGAUGUCGCGCGUAGCAAAAAGUGUCAAUAAAAUCCUUUCUCUAUGUUUCUAUUA